AUGAUCUUGGGAGUGGCGGAUGGCGUGUCCCAGCUCGAGGAGUUUGGGAUGGACGCGUCGCAGCUUCCCCGCGAGCUGCUUCGGAUCUGCGAGGAUCUCGGCAUGAACCAGCUGAUCCCGGACCGGCAGGUGAACCCACAGGAAGCCUACCAGGGGCCUGUGUCUUUGCUGAAGGAAGCCUACGAGGAGACCGAAAGCAUGGGUUCGACCACCAUCCUGCUCGCCGUCCUCGACAACAGCACGAAGAUUCACGGGAAGCUACACCCCAUGGUCGCCGUGCUCACGAUAGGUGACUGCGAGCUGCUGAUGCUGCGAAGAUUAGAUGGUCGGCAGUCUCCUUUGCAAGCCGUCUUCCAUACAGAGAUGCAGCGCAUUGAUGGACAUUCGCAAACGCCACUGCAGCUGGCUCGGGUCGACGAUCGGGUGGAUCCCGAUUUCGACGAGGAGCUGGCCCUGGAGGUCAUCGAGCGAGGCAGCGCUGUUCAUUGCGUGUCGGCUUACGAGGGCGACAUCAUCAUUCUGGGAAGCGACGGGAUUUUCGACAACCUGUUCCUGGAAGAGAUUGUCGACAUUGUAAACGAGUCUUUGCCGGCACCCAAAGCCGGUAGCUUUGUCGCAACCCAGCCGAGCCUUCUCAGCCUCUUGGCCAAGCGCCUUGUCGACGAAGCGCACAGCAAGUCCGAGGUUGGCCGCCACGGCCUCCCAGACACGCCCAUCGGUCUGGGAGGUAAGAUGGAUGACACCUCGGUGGUUGUGGGAGAGGUGGUCGAGUGGACACGUGCUCACAGCGAGGUCUGGGCUCAGGUGAGGAAGCAGCACCAGUGGAGAGGCUUAGUUUCUUGCCUGGAGCUAAGCAGUGAGAAACCGUGGCCCGGAGGCGGACAUGCCGUCAUAGGGACGCAUGAGACGAAUGGGUGCGUGCCCAUCUUCUCUAGAUCAGUGAGGGAUAAGAGGAGCAGCUGCAUGGCAAAGGGAGAGAAGCUGAAGAGAGUGCAGUGGUGCAGUCACUGCCUGUUCGGGGCACCUUUGUCAGGGAGCCACUUCGUUUUACUCCACCAAGAUGCGAAGCACAAUGCAGCCUCACACUGGAGUGCUAAACAGCUUUUCCAGGAAAGGCGGAAGGCGGCACAGCAAUUGGGUGGCAUCAAGACGAGCCGCUUCUAG